AUGGUUCAUUUCACAGCUGAGGAUAAGGCUGCUAUCACAGGUGCAUGGAAAAAGGCGAAUGUGGAGGAGGCUGGAAGAGAAAGUCUGGGAAGGCUCCUUGUUGUCUACCCCCGGACCCAAGGGUUCUUUCACAGCUUUGGAAAUCUGUCCUCUGCCUCUGCCAUCAUGGACAAUCCCAAGGUCAAGGCACAUGAUAAGGUGUUGACUUCCUCGGGAGAAGCUCUAAAGAACAUAGAUGAUCUCAAGAGCACCUUUGCCCCUCUGAGUGAACUGCAUUGUGACAAGCUGCAUGUGGAUCCUGAAAACUUCAAGAUCUUGGGAAAUGUGCUACUGAUUGUCUUGGCAAAACAUCUUGGUGAGGAAUUCACUCCCGAAGUGUAG